AUGGAGGCAGACUUCAGGCCAGCAUCUGCAGUGCUUGUCCCAGCCUCUUUGCCAGCGGGCAGGAGCCGGCCAGCCUGCCAGCUGCUCCUUCACCUCCACCCCCUUGUCCCCACCGAGGACAUCCCAUCCCAUCCCAUCAUCCCAGCCCAUCCCGGUGUUUGUCCCGCAGGCACGGUGCUGGCCCUGGCGGCGGGUGCGGCAGCGGCGCCGGUGCCGGCGGUGCCGGGCAGCCCGCUGUCGGACCGGGAGUACGAGAAGUUCUUCGCCAGGCUGCACCCGCCCUGGCAGGCCAACAUGUUCUGCCUGCUGCGGCAGGCGUACGGCUGCCUGAGCCCCAGCAUCCUGCGCCUGGACCGCGCCGAGAACCACGGAGAGAUCCCCAAAGGGCCAGUCUGCUCUCAGUUUCCAGAGGUGGCGGAGUUCCAGACCUUCUGCCAGUUCGCCCAGUACCGCUGCCUCAAACAGCAGUUCUUCAUCAAGCGAGUCUCAUGUGCGAGCGAGUCCCUCGCCAGCCCCUCCCCGGCUGAGCCCUCCAGCCCGGCGCAGCCCUCGCUGGAGAGCAGAGCCUCCCCUGUCACACCAGCUCAGGAACCGUGGCCCAUGAAGCCCCCCACAGCCACGCCAGAGGUGCCCACGCCCUGGCAGAAGAACAGGACCGUGCACACACCAAACCUCUGGGCUGCCACCUCACCCUCCAGGACGGAAUCCCCCGACGAACAAAACCUGAGAAAAAGCAUCUGGCAGCUGAUCCAUUCGGCCCUCUCCUUGGAUGCCUCCUUGGACAACAAGGCCUCCUCUUGGAACUCCACCAGCUCAGGCCCAGGAUACUCAUCCGAGCAGGGAACUCCCCCCCGAGGCAGCCUUCUAGCCCUGCGGAACGAUGAGGCAGUGCUGGUCCUGUGCUACGCAGUGCUGGAGGGAAAUUGCCUCUCAUCAAUGAUCACCACGGCCUGGAAGGAGAUGGAAAAAAGAGUCCUUGGGUUCGGAGACUCGGUGUGUGACAACCUCGGGCGGCACCACACGGACCUGUGCCCCGACUGCGCCUUCUGCUCGCUGAAGAGGGAGCAGUGCCAGAACAUCGAGAGCCUGAACCGCGUGCCCUGCGACUCGGGCGCCUUCUCCCCCUACAUCAACCCCGAGAUCUCUGCCCAGCACGGCUACAUCCAGGCCCAGUCCAUGUCCUCAGAGAGCCUGAGUGACGACAACAUGAACUUUCUGAGAGGGAUGAGGAUGGAGUACUGGUGCAGCCGGAUGGCCAUCUAUGGCUGUAACGACCCUGCUGUGACCCUCUGGCUGAAGGCAGAGUAUGAAACCUUCCCAGACAUGGAUAGCUCAGGAAAGAUCUGUGACUCGAGCGGGGUUCAGCACCCCAACUUCUGCAUGUUCAAGAGCUACCAGUGCCUCCUGAACAGCAUCUACAACGAGAGGGUGGUUCGUGUGAAGUGCAGCCGUAGCAUGGCCUACCGGGUGCUGAGUGCCAGGGAGGGAGAAAAGGAGGUGCAGCUGUGGCAAGAGAGGUUCCAAAGCCUCACCAGGAAGCAACCACAAAAAUGA